AUGGGCACCCGGCACCUCAUCGUCGUCGUGCUCAACGGCCAUUGGUACAUCGCGCAGUACGGCCAGUGGGACGGCUACCCCGAAGUCGUCGGCAUGCGACUCGUGCAGCUGCUCUCCUCUCCCGGGCUGGUGUCCGACCUCCGCACCGGCCUCGCGCACACGUACGUCCCCGCCGACGACGCCGAGAUGGAGCGCCUCUGGCACGACGCGGACGAGGCGCGUCAGAUCCUCGACCACCAGCCCACCUUUGACCGGAACACUGGCGAGAUGCGCAUGUCCGAGUACGCCCACUGGCGCGCCGACCCGCUGGCGCGCUACACGCCCGAGCUGCUCGACAUGCUGCCGUCGCUGCACCGCGACACGAGCGCCGCCGUGCUCGUGCUCGCCGCCCGCGCUACCGCGGAACGCCCGCUGCCCGUCUGUCUCGAGCCCGAGUUUGCCAAUGACGGCUUGUCCUGCGAGUGGGCGUACGUGGUCGACCUGGACGCCGAAGCGCUCGAGGUGUACGAGGGCGCGACGCACAAGACACCCGGUCAUCGCUUCGAACACAUUGGGUCAGAGAAUGCGUCCGUGCCCACGUUUAUCGUGGCCGUGCCGUUUGGCGAGCUGGACAAGUACAAGGACGAUCGCGAGGGCUUUGCGGGGAUGGUGAAUGAUGAGAUCGAGGCCAUCAAUCGACGGGCGGUCGCGGGAAAACAAAGUUAUGACGAGUAA